GAUCUCCCCUCCUUGUCGGAACCCUUCGCGCUGGCUCUGUUGUUCGGGGACCCCCCUCGAGCCCGUCAACGUACCCGGCGCGACCCCCAGGUACCGAUCGCCGCUCGCGUCAGACCAACCAUCCUCGGCAUGUCGUCACAUCUCCCUCACACCAAGUAGCAACACCCCUCCCUCCUAUUCCUUUCAGGCGCAAGAGGAUCUUCAGACUGAUCGAGGGUUCAGCAUCUUGACGCGCGCUGAGCAUCUUGCAACUUGUUGACGGCGCAAUCAAAGAAUCGACAACACCACCCUCGCCGGUUCCUGUGAUGGACUCUAAAUGCCUGCCUUCAAUAUUCGCCCAAUCAGUUUUGCCGGUACGCGUCGAUUGGUUGGCUGUGGGAGAGGAAAUUUGUGGCCAUGGUCGUCGUUGCCCAUCGUCCUCGGAUCUAUGUAACACAAUUGAUGUUUGAUGGACCAUUUCGCUCA